GACAGUAAAUAGUAAGUUCAAGAGACUGAGGUGAUUACUUUUAUCUGUUUAUAUUUAAAUAAAUAAAUUAAAUAAAAAAUUGAGGUGACCAGCUAGGGCGAAUCUGUGGGAAAAAUCAAAUCCAAAAAAAUAAACCUUUUCAUCUCAUAAAGGCAAAAAAAAUGUUGCAGUUUGGUUUGUUGUUAUUAUGCACUGGAGCUUUAGCUCAAAUUCCAUCUUUAGGUAGCUGCCCAAAUUUAAAAGUUGUAGAAGAAUUCGAUGUUCGGAAGUAUUUAGGAGCAUGGUACGAAGCUGAAAGAUACUUUGCAAUAAAUGAAAUGGGAGGAAAAUGUAUUACAGCUAAAUACUCUCUAAAUGAAGAUGGAUCUAUAAAAGUCAUAAACAGUCUAAUUAAUAUUGUGAGCGGUACGAAUAACAGCAUCGAAGGAACUGCAAAAUUAGUUGGAAAAUCUGGCGAAUCAAAAUUAACUCUUUCAUUUCCUUCACUCCCAGUUCAAAUUGAAAGCUCGUUCUGGAUUCUGGACACGGAUUAUAGCAACUACAGUGUUGCUUGGUCUUGUCAGGACUUUGGACUUUUCAACACCAAAAUAGCCUGGAUUUUCACCAGAGAGCGCCACCCAGAAAAUGAGGUUCUCUUAAAAGCUUAUGAAGUUUUUAAUAAAUACGACUUGGAUAAAUCUUUUCUUGUUCGUACGAACCAAAAAGAUUGUAAUUGAUUAAUUUUAGUAUUGUUAAAAUUUUAUUUAAACACUCUGUAUGAUCUGUGAUUGCCAAAUCUGA